AUGCCCAAGAAAUCCUUCCGCGUAGUCGUCCUACCAGGAGACGGAAUUGGACCGGAAGUCAUCGCUGAGGCCGUCCGAGUGCUUCAGACGGUGUCUGCCGCUUCGCCCGAUGUUGAGCUCAAGCUCGAGUCACAUCUGUUCGGUGGUUGCGCCAUCGAUGCUACUGGGGAGCCUCUCCCGGAGUCUACGCUGAAGGCGUGCCGAGAGGCUGAUGCGAUUCUCAUGGGUUCCGUCGGAGGACCCAAGUGGGAUGUUAAUAGCAAAGUACGUCCGGAGCAGGGCCUGCUCGGACUGCGCAAGGCCCUUGGCCUCUACGCCAACAUUCGACCUGCGAACUUUGCGUCGGACUCCCUUCUCGCGUACUCUCCUCUCAAGCCGUCCGUCGCGCAAGGAGUCGACAUCAUCGUGAUCCGCGAGCUCAUCGGCGGUGCAUACUUUGGGCCGCGCAAGGAGCUCGGUUCAGAUCCUCAGGACGACUCGGCGUACGACACGAUGGUGUACAGCGUGCCGGAGGUGCAGCGUAUUACCCGUGUUGCGGCGCAGAUCGCACUGGCAGCCAACCCUCCUCUGCCCAUCCACUCCAUCGACAAGGCGAAUGUGCUCGCGAGCUCCCGUCUGUGGAGGAAGGUCGUCGUAGAGACGCUGCAGGCGGAGUACCCGCAGCUGAAGCUGGAUCACCUCCUGGUUGACUCUGCGUCCAUGGUCAUGGUAGCGAGCCCCAGGAAGCUCAACGGUGUCGUCGUGACGGAGAACCUGUUCGGAGACAUCCUUUCCGACGAGGCCAGCGUGAUUCCUGGCUCUCUGGGGCUGCUGCCGUCAGCCUCUUUGGCAGGCGCCCCCUCCGUCGCGGAUGCUACCUCACCGGGCUUUAAGCCAACCUCUGGAUUGUACGAGCCCAUCCACGGCUCUGCCCCUGACAUUGCUGGCCAAGGCAUCGCAAACCCUGUCGGCACAAUUCUCAGCGCAGCGAUGCUUCUGCGAUACUCGCUUGGCAUGGAUCGCUAUGCACAGGCGAUCGAGAAUGCUGUCCGCAAGGUUCUUGAUGAUAAGGACAAGGGUGGCUUCGAGUUGAGGACUGCUGAUCUCGGUGGCAAGGUCAAGACGAAGGAGAUUGGUGACAAGGUCAUAGAGGUGCUUAAGAGCUUGUUGUGA